CAGUGCAAGGAAUCAUCUUUGCAAUGAAAUCAGGAACAUUUUUAGUUUUAUUUUUUCUGUUGCCUGUUGCAACAGAGGCUGGAUUCUGGGAUUUUUUUAAUGUGUUUUCUAAGGACGAUGAUUUGCUUUCUUUUAAUUCAAGCGAUUUGGAGAAGGAUCUAAGGAAGUCUCUAUUUGGGCAGCAUAUCGCUGUGGAUACAGUUCUGAAGGCUGUAUCUUGGUUUAUGAAAGAUCCAGAUCCACCCAAGCCGCUGGUCCUCUCUUUCCAUGGGCCGACAGGAGUGGGAAAAAAUUACAUCUCCAAGAUCAUUGCAAGGAAUAUUUAUAAAGUGGGAUUAAAGAGCAAUCAUGUUCACAUUUUCAUAUCCGAUUAUCACUUUCCACAUAAAGAGGAGGCAGAGAUGUAUGAACUUCAACUUAGGCAGUGGAUUCAUGGAAAUGUAUCAAAUUUUCCCCGCUCCAUGUUCAUAUUUGAUGAAAUGGAUAGGAUGCAUCCACGGCUGAUUGACACCCUAAAACCUUUUCUAGACAACAAUGACAAUGUAGAUGGAGUGUCAUUCAACAAAGCAAUCUUCAUUUUUCUCAGUCAAACAGGUGGGCAUAUCAUCACAAACGUGACUCUGGAUUUCUGGAGAAAAGGCAACAAUCGGGAAGAACUACAACUCCAGAGUGAGGAAAUGGAGACUCAAAUCUUCGAAUACCUCUUCAAUGAUGAGAACAAUGGACUUUGGCACUCCAGUCUAAUAAAUCAGCAUCUGAUUGAUCAUUACAUUCCUUUCCUACCUCUGGAGGUGAAGCAUGUGCAUCAGUGUGUCAUGGCUGAGAUGCUUCAUCUGAACAUGACCCAAGACUAUGAUCUGGCAGAUAGAGUGGUCAGAGACAUGCCCGUCUUCCCUGAAGAAGAGAAAGUAUUUGCUGUUAAAGGCUGCAGGUGUGUCAGACAGAAGUUGGUACUCUAUUUGAGUUUGGAUUAGUAAAAAUAGCAGCACUAUUUAUUUACUACAGUGGUUGUUGAUUUGGAAUUUAAUGAAAAAAUAUCUGGUACUUCUUUAUCUGUGUCAUGAACAUUAAAUAUGUGCAAACAGCCUUAUUUUAAAAAAGCACAAUGGCAGUCAUGAUGGCAAAUGGUAUUUUAUUUGCUUCGCUUUUUUGAAUGUGUAAGGUACCCUGA